AUGGACGCCCCAGACGCAGACGCACCUGCAAUCUCUGGACAACAAGCUGGCAGCAGUGCCUUGGGCCCCGAGCCGAAGCGGCGCCACAUAGACGAUGGCUACACGCCCCAGCAGCGCGCUGCCGCCGUGGCCUGCUACUUCGAGGCCCGCCAAGACGCCGCGGCCGCCUCCUUGACAACCGCCCAGCGCUGGGUCUCAGAAGGGUGGCCGGCGCCACCGCCCGAAGGCGUGUCCGCGGAGCGCUGGUCGAAGCAGUUUCUUGAGACGGGGCAGACCCUGCCCACGACGCCCCCUGGCGUCGGGGACGGCGCAGCCGCCGCCACGGACCCCAUGGUGCUGGACGGCCCCGGCGGCGCUGCAGACGCGGAAGCAAUUCGGGCCGAGCAGCAGCUGGAGGUGCACUGCUCAGAGCAGCAGCAGCAGCAGCAGCAGGCGACAGAUGACGGAGCGGGGGGCGCGGGCACCGCCCCGCCCCUGCCCCGCGUGCCGGCGGGCCAGAUGCUCCAGGGGCCCGAGGACGCGCACUGGUUUGUCGAGGUGACGCCGUCGCGGCUGGAGGCGGCGCGCCUCACGGAGCUCGUCACGGAUGCGGGGGCGGGGGCGGUGGCCGUGUUUGUGGGGACGACGCGCGACACGUUCCAGGGGGCGCGGGUGCUGCGGCUGGAAUACGAGGCCUAUGUGCCCAUGGCCCUGGGGAAGCUCAAGGACCUGUGCUUGGAGAUCCGGCGGCGCUGGGGCGUCAGCCGCGUCGCCGUGGCGCACCGGGUGGGCGUGGUGGAGGUGUGUGAGGCCAGCGUCAUCAUCGCGGUGUCCAGCCCCCACCGCAAGCCCGCGCUCGAGGCUGUCCACUGGGCCAUUGACGAGCUCAAGGCCACCGUGCCCAUAUGGAAGAAAGAGUUCUUCACAGACGGCUCAGUCUGGAAGGAAAACGAGGAGUCGCGGCGCCUCACGGCCACCGUGGAGCGGGCAGAGGUGCAGGCGGCCGGCGCGUGA